AUGAAACGAACCCUUCUUGCACACUCUCCGAAGAUCUUCUAUCAUGGCUCUAUACAUCAUCAUCAUCAACAACAAGCGCUUGUAUUAAAGAAUCAAAAGUUACAGAGUGUACUCAGUGGUAGGAGAUCUUCGGGAUUGGAAAUUCAUCAAAAGAGAGGUUACUCUCAUGAAUUCCACUCCCAUAAUCAAUUCAAGAAGGGUGUGAUUUAUACCAAUGAGCUUGGAAUUGAUGUCAUGAACAAUGGCUUACUAAAUAAGGGCACUGCUUUCUCGAUGACUGAAAGAGAUCGUUUAGGAUUGAGAGGCCUCAUUCCUGCGACCAUUUCCGACAUUGACCUUCAAUUGUCAAGACUUAAGGAAAGAUAUGCCUCCAUACAAUCAGAUAUUGAAAAGUACCAAUUUUGUACUCAACUACAAGAUCGUAACGAAACUCUCUUCUACCGUUUUGUGAUGGAUAACAUUAAGGAAAUUGCGCCAAUCAUUUACACACCUACUGUUGGUAAAGCUUGUGAAAACUUUUCACAUAUUUUCCGUAAAUCGAGAGGCAUGUUCUUCUCAACAUUGGAUAAGGGUGAAAUGAGAUCGAUGGCUUAUAAUUGGCCUGUUGAUAAGGUGGAUGUUAUUGUAGUGACUGAUGGAGGAAGAAUUUUGGGACUAGGAGAUCAAGGAGCAAAUGGGGAUGGUAUUCCAAUUGGAAAAUUGUCUCUCUAUGUUGCUGCUGGAGGUAUCAAUCCAGGAAGGGUACUUCCUGUCAUGUUAGAUGUUGGAACAAAUAAUGAAAAACUUUUGAACGAUCCUCUGUAUCUUGGAAGAAAACAUAAACGUCUCACUGGUAAAGAAUAUUACGACCUUGUGGAAGAAUGGGUUCAAGCUAUUACUUCGAGAUGGCCCAAUGUAUUGAUACAAUGGGAAGAUUUUUCAAGCGAUAAGGCAGAUGUUGUGUUGGAGAAGUACAGAAACAGAAUUCUCUGCUUUAAUGAUGACAUUCAGGGAACUGCUGCUGUUAUUUUGGCUGGUGUGUUGAAUUGUUUGAGAGCUACAGGUCAACAGUUUUCAGAUAUUACAAAACACAAAUUCCUUAUUGUCGGUUCUGGAGCGGCUGGAUUGGGAGUGGUAACUGGCCUUAAAGAUGCCAUGAUACGAGAAGGUUUAACGGAGGAACAAGCUUUGAAAAACUUUUACAUUGUGGACAAAGAUGGACUGAUGACAAAGGAUCGAUUGAACUCUGACUUGGCAAAAGAUAUGUCUGUCUCAGCAAAGAAAUUUGCUUCUGCUCGAGAUGACAUGAAAGAAGGAUCUCCAUUGUUGGAGGUUGUUAGAAAGGCACAACCAGACAUUUUGUUGGGAAUGUCUUCUCAGUCUGGCCUUUUCUGUGAGGAACUUCUCACCAUUUUCAAUGAGGAUUGCAAGAAGAGAGGUAAAACACCAAUUGUGUUCCCACUCUCCAAUCCAACCUCAAAAGCUGAAUGCACAGCAGAAAGUGUGUUCAAGGUUACCAAUGGCAAUGCCAUUUUUGCUAGUGGAAGUCCAUUCCCUCCUGUCACACUUCCUGAUGGAACGGUUGUUCAAACUUCACAAGCCAAUAACAUGUUUGCCUACCCUGGUGUUGGUUUGGCUGCUGUUUUAUCAGGCUGUAAACGCAUCACGGACAACAUGUUCUACGCAGCAUCUAAGGCUUUGGCUGCUACUGUCUCUGAGGAAGCUUUGUCACGAAAGGAGGUCUAUCCUCAUGUUGAAGACAUUAGAAAUGUAAGCAAAAAAGUGGCAAUUGGUGUAAUGAGACAAGCUUAUAUUGAAGGAAAUGCGGCAAAGAUUCAGCAUUUCAGUAAGGAAUUUAUUUUCAGCGAUGACGAGAUGGACAAAUAUGUCAGUGAAAAUAUGUGGUAUCCUGAAUAUGUACCCAUUGUCAUUAAAGAUUAA